GAGAGCGAGCGGGGGCGCCGGCGGUUGGGGGCUGUCAGCUCCAGCCGAGGCUGAAGGCACCCGCCCCUAAGGGGGCUCUUUAGAGCUAGGGGGACCCAGAAAGAUAGCAGUCCGGCCAAAGGAAGGGAGGCGAAGUGUACCGAGCCCCUCUCCCGUAUCCAGGUCCUAGGGCCGAGCGGAGCCUCCCAGGCCAGCUGUGGGCAGCUCCCGGGGUUCUCUGUGCCCUCUUGUUGCCUUUUCCCUGCCCCCGCCGUCGGGCAUUGCGCCCCAGUCCCUGCCAGGAUGAGGAGGUUGCGGCGUCUGGUGCACCUGGUUCUCUUCUGCCCACUGACCAAGGGCUUGCAGGAAGGGGAAAUAAGGAAGGUACAUUCCACACUCCCUUCUGCUCCACUCUCCAUCCAUGGCAAAAUCUUCAUACCCCCUGCCUUCUUCCAAGCUGUGUAGCCUUGCCGUCUGCCCAGCCCCACCCCAGCCAUGAUUCUUCUUCAGGCCAAGGAGUGAGGAGGGCAAGCCAUCACACAGACUAGUUCUUCUGCUGUCCCUCACCUAGGAACUAGAUUCUGGAUACGAAUGGUGGAAAGGAUACUUCAGGCCACGAUGGAAAUGCUGCCCUCUGCCAGAAUCGUCUACCUGGCAUCAAGGUGAAAUACCUCUUCCUGGCAUGGCUGGGCAUCUUUGUAGGCAGCUGGGUGGUGUACAUGCAUUACUCUUCAUACUCAGAACUCUGCCGAGGGCAUGUCUGUCAAAUGAUCAUUUGUGAUCAGUACAAGAAGGGAAUCAUCUCUGGUUCUGCCUGCUCCAAUCUGUGUGAUGAGCAUACCCUGGUGUUCCAGCAGUGCCUCUCCCCGUCUCCCACAAAGCAGGUGUACAGUGGGGUUUGGAAGGGGAAAGCGGUGAUCAUCAAAUGUGGCAUCACAGAGGCCUUGAAAGCUGAGAACAAUCCUGACACGGCCCCCCGAAGAGAACUGGUUCUGUUUGAUAAGCCAACAAGAGGCACAUCAAUGGAUGAGUUCAGAGAGAUGCUUCUGAAUUUUCUCAAAGCUAACCUAGGAGAUCAGCCUUCUCUCACUGGCCUGGUUGGUCAGAUCAUCACCAUGGCUGACGUCAACCAGGAUGGGAAAGUGUCUCUUGCAGAAGCCAAGUCCAUCUGGGCCCUGCUGCAGCUCAAUGAGUUUCUACUCAUGCUCUCCCUACACGAGAAGGAGCAUACAUCCAAACUCCUAGGACACUGUGGGGAUCUAUACCUCACGGAGAAGAUCCCCCACAGCUCCUUGUAUGGCACCGAGGUGCCUCCCUUUCUGAGGCCGCUGCUGCCCUCUGCCAUCCACAGGAUCAUCCAGCAGUGGUUUGCACCGGCUUGGCCUCGAAGGGCCAAGAUUGCCAUCGGUCUCCUGGAGUUUGUGGAGGAAGUCUUUCAUGGCACCUAUGGAGUCUUCUACAUCUGUGAGACCAGUUCUGCCAACGUGGGCUACAAUGCCAAGUACGACUUUAAGAUGGCUGACCUGGGGAAGGUGGCCCCUGAGGCAGCAGUCCGGGCCUUUCUCAAAGGCCGCCACUGUGAGCAGAACGCUGACUGCACCUAUGGCCAGGACUGCAUGGCGCCAUGCGAUAAGCUCAUGAAGCAGUGUAAGAGUGACCUGAUCCAACCUAACCUAGCUAAAGUGUGUGGGUUGCUGAAGGAUUACCUGCUGUCAGGCACUCCUGCAGACCUCAAGGAUGAGCUCCAAAAGGAGCUCCAAAUAUGUAUGACUCUGAGUGGCCUGGCCAGCCAGAUGGAGGUGCACCAUUCAUUAGUGCUCAGUAACCUCAAGACCUUGCUCUGGAAAAAGAUAUCCAAUACCAAAUAUUCCUAAAGGGACAAGGGCUUGUUCUAGUCACAGCCCACCUCUGCUGUCCUUUGUGGGUAAAGUCUCAUUACAACAAAGGGUUCUGUAGGACAAAUAUUUCCAUAUCCUGGUGGAGAGCCCAUAGUAACAGAGCUCUGUUGCUCGGCUAUAACAAAUUCUGUGCCACAGGUAGAUUAAGUGUUUUCUCUAAUGUCUAUCCACACCAUAGUUACUUUCUAUCAGGAAAAGUUUUGGUUAUUCACGGUUAGGAGAGGAGAACUGAACUCUUUUCUUUUGCCCUGUCAUCCAGAUAGCAGUUGUCAUUUCCACAAUCAUGGCAAGUACCUAAUGAAACUCAUCCAAACUCCUCAAACACAAGUUGAAACAAAACAGGAGUCUGAGGAUCUAACAGACCAGAAAGGAAGGGAUGGGAUAUGUAGACUUAAUCACCACCACCCCAUGCUCUCCUUUUUGGUACUGAAUACAAAACAUUUGUCACUCGCUAGAGGUCAGCUUUCAUCUCCAGCUCCAGAAGACAUUGGUUUUUAACAAAAAUUGAAUAUAACAAAAACAAUUAGGACCCUUUCCUGGCCCCCUCCCCCCACAAAAAUUCAUUGUUUACCUGUCUCUGCUUUCCCCUCUUCUCCUUCAUUAGAGAAAACUCUCCACCAAUAGGAGGUUUUCAUAAGUUAUAACACCUUUACAUCCAUGGAAAAAUGUACCUGUAAUCCUUAGAAGAUUAUUGUCCUAAGCCCUUCAGACACCCAGGUCAAUGGUGUGAGAACUUGGCAACCAUAGCUAAAAGGCUGGUGUAGGAAGUAAAAAUCAGCUGUGCAGAGGAAUUAGUCUUAACUGUGCAAUCUUUCCCCAUUAAGGAAGGAUCUGUAUUAGUAUAGACCAAGGGAAUCAUAAUGCUGUUUUUACAAAAAAAUUUUUGUUGAAUACCGAUGUAAAUAAAUAGCUUUUAUGUGA